AUGCAUACCUGCGUAAAACAUCGACCGCUUUUCACAACUCAUGACCUUUACUCCGUUAGUGUCCCGUCUAUACUUGUUGUGGUCUUUUGUCACUAUUCCCUCUCACGUCAUAACGUAGGGGAUAACCCUGAUCUUGGUCUGAUGGUUAAACUGUCGCGCCUUGAGAUCCUCGAUAAGGUCUUCAUACGUCUGCUUCUUGAACUUAUCCGUCUCCACCGGAUUGCCUUCGCCGACAGUCCCGUUAUCCAAGGUUGUGAAUGCGUCAUUUAUACUAUCUACUAUGUUGUCUUCUGGUAG